CUCUCCAGCCCGCAGAACAGCGAGAAACAAAAUAAGCGAAAAUUGCAUACUGUAGAAUGUGCAAUAUACAGGUGUAAAUUUGUGUGACAGAGAACUUAACUUAUAUGCAAAUUGUGCAGGCCAACUUCAGUUGGAACAAGUGCAAUACGCACACUGGUGCGUGGUGAAUAACAGUAAAAGAGUGCUGUGUGUGUGUUUGCCAAGUGCCUCAAAGUAGAGAAAAUGAAGAGCGCAAUGAGGAAGCGUAACUCGCGCUUCAACUCGGAUACACAACAGUUAAGCAAUGGCGAGGACGGUGGCAAUGACUUGAGUUUGUUGCAGCGACCGCUGCGAACAGCUCACACGGGUUUCGAAGAAGCGCGCCGCGCCUAUGAGAACGGAACAAGUGAGGUGCGUCGACUGCUGAGCGAGGAGUGCAGCCUCAUCUACGAGUGCCAUGUGUGCCGCAACAUGUUCCGCAGUUUGGCCAAUUUCAUCAGCCACAAGCGGGUUUUCUGCUGUAUCAGCGCCCGCAUCACGAGCCACAACGCCGGCUACACAGAUCAGAACUCCACGAUGAUAAUUCAACCUACAAGCUCACAGGACAUGGAGCACAUGCUGCGGAGUCGCAGCACAGGAUGCUCGCCGGUCCCACGCGAGAUUCGACCCAUGCGUGGUAGCAUGCGAGAUCUGAGUGGGGUCAUCGAGCGAUUGCGCCGCGAAAAGGCGCCGCCAGCUGCUUCUAUUGCUGAUGCCCCAGUGCUUCAACUGGAGGCCAUGACAAACUCCAAUCAAGCAGUGUACCAGACGAUCAAGCUGGAGCGCGACGACGAUAGCAUCAAGACGGAGGUGAACGAGGUGCAUCACAUGCUCGAUCCUGAGCAACGCACCGUUGUGGGACCCGAUGGCAAAGCGGUGACGAGCAGCGACACCGUCGAGACACCAGAGCAGUCGAUUAGCGACGAGGCCGAGACAAAUGUCUUCUGUGAAAUAUGCAACUUGACGUUCCAGACACACAAAACGCUGGAGCUGCACAUUCAGAAGCAUCAUUCGUCGUCAGCGUUUGUUUUUCAGUGUCCGGCUUGUUCACUUACUUUUCUGCAGGCAGCCGCCGUGAUACGACAUCUCUCCAAGGAUCACAAAAAACCAACGCGACGCAUUCGCAUGAUGAGAAACACAAUCCUCAAGCGGCGCAUGCAGCAGGGCGAUGUUCAGGCCAAGGGCCCCAAUCGCGAGCUGAAGCGUCUGCAGCUCUCCGACGAUGUUGUGGGGCAGCCUGUUGAGCAGCGCGACGCGAAUGGCGAGCAACGCAAGAUCAUGUCACUCUGCAUCUACUGUGAGAAGUCUUUCGAGCGCCGCGCUGCGUUGUCCACGCAUCUGCUCAACUGUCGGGCAAAGCAAGAGGCGUUGGCCAAGCCAGCGCCUGCCGUCAAGAAGCUAAAGGUCAAUUCAAACACUGCUAGUAAUCUGGACAGUGUAGAGGAGCGUCAGUCGACUGCAGCGAGUCCAGUUGACAUGCAAAGCAUCAUCGACCCCAAAGAGCUAAAUGAAAUGUUUGCCGAUCUCGCCGAGCAGAAUGGCAGCUAUGUGCCUACUCUGCAGACCGUGUCGUUGGACAAGUUGCAGCUGCCGCACGAGAGCGACUCGAGCAGCGACGAGGGUGAGGCGGAAGGCGAGGACAACGACAACAGUGAGGAGGAGCAUGAGGAGCAGCCCAGCAUUGAAACUGAGGUGGACGAAUCCGAGUCGAAGCCAAAGAUGAAGAAGAAACGUAAUGUGCCCAUCGAGAAGCAGCUGCGUUGUCGCUGCAAAAUCUGCCACAAGCAGUUCAAUGCCCUCGGUAAUCUGCGUCGCCACAUUUCCAUGUUUCAUUAUCGCGCUCGUCGAUUCGGUUGCACCAUUUGUGACUAUCGCGCCUUUCGUCGCUACGACAUUGUCAAUCAUCUCGGCUUCACGCACAAAAUCGAGGGCGAUCGCGACAAGCUCACAGAGCAAUAUGUGGCUACACAUGAAUGCGAGUAUUCGCGGGACGAUGUCGACGGUGACAUUGUGCUGCUAGACAAGGAACAGUCGCUAGAUGCCGCUGGAGUCGAGCCCACAGCUGAACCGAAGCCUGCGCCGAAGACUUACGAAAAGCGCUCGAAGCGCUUGAAGACCAACACGGAGUUAUCAGUGGAAACAGCACCUUCGUCACCCGUUGCUGUUGCCGCUAGCGUUGCGGUCAAGGAGGAACCGGAGGAGGAGCCGCUAUCCAAAAAGCGUCGUAAGUCGCGUACACAAGUUUCGCCGGAUUCCGGGGAGCGCAGUUUCGAGAAGCGUCCCAUUCGCAAGCGCGUGAAAGCGGUUAACAAGGACUUUGUCUAUGAUCUUGUCAGUUUCAAGGCUGAUCCUUCUGGAGCACCAGCCUCAGCUGCAGCUGCAGCCGUCGACUCGAUGCGCGCCAAACUUCGACGGCCCACAGGAAAUGCAGCCGCAGCUGCCGCAGUGGAAGAGACGAAGCCAAAGCAAUGGGAAGCUUACAUUACUGAGGAGAAGAAACCAUUUGUGCAGGGCAUAACACGUCGCAUCAUGUUGGAACUGGUAAGCCAAGGCAGAGCCGUCUCCUCCACGCUGCCCGAGUUGCCCGCGGAGCGACCUCAAAUCCGACCACGUCUCAUCUCGCACACGCGCAGCGAUUGUGGUCAGCAGCAGCAGCCGCCACAGUUUGUGACGGAUGUGGCAAACAACAGUGGCGAGAGCUUCAUCGAGAAGAUUGCCAAGCGGACCAUUAGCAGCCUCUGGAACAAGGUAAACAACAGCAUAGCGCAACAACAGAAGCCGGAAAUGGCAACGGAGAGCGGCGAUGUCGUCGAAGCUGCGCCCAAGGCGGAAGCGGAAACGGAAGCCUUGCUGGAGAUGGAGAGGCAAACGCAGGCGGAAAAGAAGACGGAGACGGAUGAUCUGCACAAGACGCCUAAUGGCAAGCAGAGCUGCAGCCAACAAACGCCUCCAUCUCCGCCCCGCAAGCAAAGCAAUGUCGCCGCCUUGAACUCGUUGAGCACGUCCGCCAUUGUGGACGCGGUCACGUCGCCGCCACCCCCAGAUUCAGCCCCACUUCCAGUUGUCGAAUGCUCCAGCAGCAACAAUAGCAACAGCGGGUUGCCGACUAUGGCCCUGGCGGGGGCAACAGGCGUUGGAACGGCGGCAACAGGAACAGGAACAGCCGGACUAUUUCCGACAUUACCUAAGCCACCAUCCGUUCUGCAAGCAGCUGCCAAUGGAACCAUUCAACUCACCCUGGACAGCCUGCUACGUGCCGCGUUGCAGAACUGAAUACUUUUCUCAUAGUUUUGUUAAUCGGCUGCUGCUAAUCACGCCCCCUCUCGCCAACGCCCCCCUCAUUUAAGUUGAUACGCUAAGGAGCGUAUUUGUGUCCUUAUUGUACUCGGAACUCGUUUCUAGUACCUCGUAUGUAUCCAUAUCCAAUGCAACCCAAUCCAAUCCGAUGUUAAGAUGUGAUGUUAAUUUCGAGUAUUACACAGCUUCAAUAACCAAAUCCAAAACCAGAAGUCGAAGACGACAUGAAGACAAAGACGUAGCAUAAUUUUUUGGCAAUUCGAAAGUCGAGUACAAAACGCAAAAAUAAUUACGUAAAAUUGGCACAUUUUACAUGAAUUAAUAUUAAUAAUAUAUGGUAUUAAUUUGCAAUAUUUUGGCUGCAGCAGCUUUCCGUAUUUACUUUAUUAUCAAAUUUAUAUUUAAACAAUCUGCGAUUAUUUUUGCCUGAAGUUUGAGGUGGCAUUUUAAGCAUGUUAUAGAGAAAAUUGUAUAUCUAGUUUAUAGAGAAGAAUUUAUACGAUAGUAAGCUAAGUCUAGGCUCGACACACAUUAAACCUAGAGGAGACAGAGAUACAAACAAAAAAAGAGAUGUUAUCGUUGCCAAGGGCAAUGAGUUAGUUCCUUUAUCCAUUCGAUUGUAAAUACACCAACCAGGACCUGCAUAGCACUUGCAUUUGUAAUUGUAAUUGUAAUUGUAUUUGUAUUGGAAUUUGUUGUUGUGUGCGUAACUUUGUUAUUCAUUUAUAUGUCGUGCGAGAUAUCAUCGUCAUAUAUAUAUAUAGAGCCUUAAAUCAAAUCACCAAAUGAUAAUAAAAUUUAU